AUCACAUGAUAUUUAACUUGCUGACUAAUAUCUUAUAUAAGCGUCGCAUCAUGUCAUCGCAGGACGGAACUAUCAAGAAAUGGAGAAUGGAGACAACCGGACAUCUAUAGAAAGAGACACAAUGCAACAUCCGACGCCAACACUCCAACCCAUUCAUAUGCACACCUAAUUAGCUUCCUCGUUGUGUGACAUUAUUUCAUUUUCAAUCUUCAAGUUCACUUGCUUGAAAGUACUGUACAUGCUUAUAUAUGGCAAAUACCUCGGCGCUUCGUAUUAGUUAAGCAUUCUCAAUCCGCUCGGUUGAAGCUCCGAUCAAAUAUCUCCCAAAUCUCCACCCUCGUCUCCAACACUCCAACUCUUGCCAUAACCCGGCGUUUCCUCUGUCUCCUCCUCACUCCGAAGCCUGGAACUCAGCAUCCAUUUCCCAACGAAUUUCAUAGUCGCAGAUCCAUAUUUCCAGAAUGACGAGGGCGGCUGCUCCUCAUAUUAUCUCUGAUAUCCAAAAUCCUGAGUCGACUGCUUCACGGAUUGCGGCUCUGCGGCUGUUGAAAAAUGAUAUAAUUGGGCAUGAUCAAAGAAAGGAAGCUUGGGUUGGACGGGGCAUCGUUCCAUUAUUAUCACAAAUCCUAGCGGGCCGCAGGGGUACAGGAAAGAAGUCUAUCGUUGGAGAGGUUAAUGGACAUGCUAAACAACAAUACUUAGCCGGGCGAAGGAGCGGUAGGUCGGAGGAGGAUGAGGCCUGCUUACAAGCUAUUAUAAUCAUUGGCAGCUUAGCUCAAGGGGGCCCACCGUUCAUAUCUCCCAUUGCUGCGGGUGACAUUUUUCCCUUACUACUGUCAAUAUUGUCCUCACAAGCACAAGACUGCGACCCAUCACUUUCCCUUGCGGUGCUUGAGACUCUGAAUACAAUCGCCGGUAAAUUUCCGCUAUAUCAGCAACAAAGCUUGUCGCAUGCGAAGCAACUAUCUUCAAUCCUUUACUCUCGGCACCAUGUCGAAACUCUUCGUAGACUAAUAAUCAGCUCGACAUCGACCUCCUCAUCUUCUAGCCAGCUGUCUGUUGCCCUUGCUGCAAAUUUAAUCGCAGAGACAUGUGUCGAAGAAAGCCACAAGGCUGUGCUGGCGGAGUCUGGCGUUCUGGAUGCACUAGCUUUCAAACUCUCUACCUUUGUGGUCGCACAGGGAUUUGUGCUUCCUGGCGCGGAAAAUAAUACUAUGGAUCCGGGCACUUUGAAGACCCUGCCUCCUGCUGCACCACCGAAUGCGCAACUAGCUCCUAUUCUCCGAGCCAUUACCGUAAUAGUCCAAAAUUCAAAGUCUCGCGCAGAGCACUUUAUCUCAUCUCCAGCGGUGGUAACUGUGUUUCCCAAACAGAUCCCCGAAUUUUCACCUAAUGAUAUCAAGAAGUCGCCAUGGGGAGCAACGUAUUUCUCGGGGUUCGCCGUUCCUCGCCAUAGUGCCACGAACCCAAUCGACGCAAUUCUCCCCUCUGUCCCAGUCUCACAAUCUAAGAACUCAAAUUUUCCACCGCUCGGUUCCCAUACCUCAUUUGGGAGACAAGGCAAUUUCUUUAGUCCGCCCCUUUCGUUUUCCGAGACGUCUGCGUCAGAUGAGGAGGAAAGCGCCCUCAUAUCAUGGUUGUUCACUGUUAUCCUGGCGGAAUCGGGUCUGACUCGUCUCGCGGCGGCGAUGCUGGCAACAACUCUCUUCCGAUUAGGAUUAGCGAAGAAGCAUCGAGUACCAAUGUUCGGUUACCUGUUGAUCCCACUCCUUAUUCGCGUAUUUGAGAAAGAUUAUGAAGCUUCUGAAGAUGUCGGUGUUCAUGAAAACGGGCUGAUAUCGACUACUCUACGAGCCAAGGAACAAGCUCCAGCUAUUCUUGCGUCUCUGGUUAUGGAUAGUCGUGAACUCCAAAAGUAUGCAGCCGAAGGCGAGGCGAUACCGAAGCUUUCACAGAUGCUAAAGGAGUCCUUUAACGCAAUUGCGGAGACUGGGAAGCCUAUGUGGAAUGCAGAUAAACAAUCCGCCGCAUCCGAACCCACUCAACCAGAACUGUGUCUUGGACCUCGCGGUUGUUCUCCCAUGGUACACCACAAAAUGAAAGUUCGCGAGGUAGUUCUCAGAGCCCUGGCUGCUUUAUCCCUUUUUAAGGAAGAUUACCGAAGAAUGAUCUGUGACAAUGGCGUCGUGCCAUACAUUAUCGAUGCUAUGAAGCCAUAUGAAGACGAGUCUAUCGACGCCCUCGAUGGCAACCCACCUUCAACGCUACUUGCAGCCUGUUCAGCUGCAAGAUCCCUAACGCGAUCCGUGAGCGCACUGAGAACGAACUUGAUCGACGCUGGUGUGGCUACUCCAAUGUUUACACUGAUCAAAUAUCGGGAUAUUGCCGUACAGAUUGCCGCAACGUCCGUGGUGUGUAAUUUGGCAAUGGACUUUAGCCCCAUGAAAGAUGCCAUUAUCGGAGCGAACAUGAUACCCAUACUUUGCGAACAUUCACACUCAUCCAAUACUAACCUACGACUAGAAUCUAUUUGGGCGUUGAAGCAUAUUGCUUACAACUCCACAAACGACAUUAAAAUGAAGAUAGUUGAAGAACUUGAACCUGGGUGGUUAAAGCAGGUCAUUUGCCACGAUCCUAGCGACCCCCCAAUCCGGCGGAAAGUAGAUGACGUGGGCGGUACGUUGUCUCUUGGAAUGGGAACUCCAAACUCUGCUGGAGGACGAGUCGACAUUCUCAAUCCUAUGGAGGGGGCUGAAGGCGAAACGGCACCAUCCCAUGAUGGAGACCAUAAAAUGACAGACACCGUUAUGCCACCCAAACCAACGGGCCUUGACGUUUCUCUCAUUGACCAUUCCAGGCGGCGGAAGCUGGCUGUUAGCGGCGACAUUGACCAAACAAAACAAGCUCGACGGGAUGAUCUGCAGGUACAAGAACAGACGCUUGACUUACUCCGAAAUCUGAUCUGCGGUGUAGGAGCACCAGAGAUGAUAGAUUAUCUUUUCCAGGAAGUGGGCCAGAACGACCUCUUCAACAUUCUUGCAGACAAGUUGCGCCCAAAACCGCUCUUCAACCAUGGCGGCCGCAAAGAUUCCGCGUCUUCUUCAUCCAAGUCCAUUCCCGUGCCAACAGAGAUUCUCUGCUCAGUUACGUAUAUCAUGAUUCAUAUCGCUGCUGGUCUCUCUCGGCAUCGGCAACUAUUGAUUCAGCACCCUACAUUACUAAAACUCAUGAUGCCUCUGUUCAACAACCCGGACAAACAAGUGCGGGUGAACUGCGUGUGGGUAGUUAUCAAUUUGACAAUUGCCGAUGACCAGAUGGAUCACAACGGCUGUCGCGAGCGGGCAAUAAAACUCAAGGGUCUGGGCGUGAUGGACAAGCUCCUAAGUUUGGAGGACGAUCCCGAAUCAGAUGUGAAAGAGCGGACCAAAACUGCUUUAACUUUAAUGCGUGCUUUGCUUCAGUGACAUCAUCAGAAGCAUUCACGAAAUUAUAUAAUGGAAGCGGGAGCGAUUGUUGUUUUUGUGUGUUAUUUUUAAACUGGUAACUCAAUUGAUCGGCUUUUUUUCGUGUCAUUUUUGCAUGUCGAAAAACUUCGUUCUAUUUUUAAGUAGCUUUUUGGCCCACGCCUCCUUUCCCUCUUCCUUCCACCUAUUUCGCUCCUCCCUUACACCUAUUCCAUGACAUUAUUCUUCUAUUUUCUGAAAACCUAUGUAGGGUGACUCCCAUAGCCUGCGAUGAAAAAUUUCCUUUCCGUAUCCAAUUUUAUAGCGAGACGACCUUUUUUUCACGGCAGGGAGCCCUUUUCUUCCUCCUUAUCCAUCACCUUAGAUACUCUUCGCCAGAACGAAUCCCUCCUUCUCUCCGCGUUAAUCUUCAGGAAAUCCCAUUCAUUGCUCUAUCCGAACAUCAUUAUUCUGCUCAACUUCUUUCUUUCUUUCUUUCUUUCUUUCUUUCUUUUUUUGGUUGUAUACAUGUAUACACCUAGUUCCAUAAAUAGGGCAGAAAGUUCGGGGAGACAACAGAGAGAAAGAAAUAAUAUCAAAAAAUCGCGGAUAAAGAAAAACAGAAAAAAAAAAAAUCCGAAAAGUUGACGCAGCGCGUGAGCAAGGGAGACGAAUGCCAGCGGCGCACUAAGUUCUUCCAACAAGGUAUAUUGUAAUUCUUCAUUGUUAUGCUUUAAAAAUAUUAACAAGGGGCGAAUCACGGAUUGGCGUAUAGCUCCUUACUGUCUUCCAUUUCUCUUCUCCUAAAAAAUUACUGUAACUAUUAAACAUGUCGGGUGAAUGCCCGUUUCUAGGUGGCGUAACAGUUUCCAGAGCUCGUAGCUACAUUUAUCAUUUUAUUUCCCACCCUACCAUUUAUUACAGAUCGAGCAAUUAACUACUGUACCUAGGGUAAGUUGUUGAACUCCCGAGGUUGAAUCCCGGCUGUGUUUCUUUCAUCUGUUGUUCUGGUUACUUGGUUAUACUCCAGAGAACUUUUUCAUUCCCGUUCUGAAAAUUGCGUCCAGUGGGAUAGUAAUAGGUAGUAAAUUUGGAUACGAACUCGUCCUUUCACUCCCGUCACUAUAUACACAAACAACCUCU